AUGCACGACAUGUUCAAUCCUUCCGGUCGACCUCCCCCAGUGGACUUGUAUCCCAAUAAAGAAACCGCAAGACGAUUGUCAGAGAUGCAAGUCGAAGAACCGAUCGAUGUCAAGAUGAAAACUGAACAAACUCGAAAACUAAAUCCAGUUCAACGAAAUUUUGCCGUAGGUGCUUCAACACAUAAUCAACCUACUUCCCCACCUACAUCGAUCAAACCUAUAAUUCAAACACCUCCAUCAACACGUCAACGUUCAAACAAAUUUCCUACAGAUUCAGCUUUAAGAUCACCAAUCCCACCUAUUCCUUCAUCACCUUCUCCUACUGCUUCUCCUGAUUUACAAAAUCGACAUCAUUCCCCUGACCUUGAACUUUCCCCGCCCCCAGCUACCGCCACACGUCCGAAGAAAAUGCCAACUAUGCAAUUACCCACAUUCACCCCUGCCUUCGCACCUUCGGCAAAAACUCCUGCAUCACCAUGGUUGUUAUUAGCGGCAAGUUCGGGUGCACCCACCCCGUCAAUUGCAGGUCCAUCGAAUAGUCCUCAUUUAGGUUAUCCCUUUGAACAAUUGAACAUUGGAAGCAGUUGGAGUGGAGCCAAUCUAUUAGGAGAUGAUAGUGGUAUGGCAAUGAAGAUUGAACCUUUUGAAAACCCACCUACGAAAUUCAAUCCCUCGAAGAUUUCUGGUAUACCCCCUUUGCCAGAAAUCAGCAGGGAGAAAUUGGCGAUGUAUAGAUCUAUGGUCGGUCAAGCAUCCGCAGGGCGUAAAGAAAUUUCUUCUCCGUUGAAGGCGCCACCAUUAGAAUCAUCAACAGUUCCAUCGCCCCAGUUCGUUCAAUCAAUCCGGCAACCACCAAUGGCAUUAUUGCAGUCUUCAUCAUCGUUCAUGAAAGCUCCCAGUCCUUUGAGCACAAACACCAUUUCAUCCGCUUCCAGUCGACUUCCACCGCUGUCCGUCAAUGCUCUUAUCUCCAAAUUGUCUCUAUCCCCAUCGACAGUCUUGAUACUAGAUGUUCGACCACCGUCGUCAUUUUCCAUAUCUCAUCUACCCAACUCACACUCCCUUCCGAUCCCUUCCACACUUUUACGGAGACCUGCGUUCGACUUGGGCAGAAUCACCCAGAUGCUCACGCCCGCCUCCGUGGAGGCCGUCAGUAAGUGGCGGGAGAAGAGUGAUAUCAUCCUCCUCGACGCCGAUAGUGGAAAUGCCCCAAAUGGAGGGGUUUUGGAUGGGUUAGCUGCCAAAUUUGAGCGAGAAGGUUUCAAUGGUCGAUUAUGGUUUGUCAAAGGAGGUCAUAAUGCUUUGAUCAGUUCGGCUCUCGUCAAUCUUGUAUCUGACGACGACGACGACGAAGGUAGUGGUGAUGAUUCUACCACGCUAUCUGCCUCUGGUCUGAUGGCGGGUAGAUUGGGCAGCAUGGCUUUCAGACAAGAAUCCACUAAUUCCGGUCGCCCCAGUCGACCACAUAGCAAUGGUUCUCAUUCCACCACUUCUCAAACUCCAAGCAUUUCUUUCCGUCCUGAUCCCUUCACUUCAUCCGCCACUUCCACAGCUACAGAAAUUCCCAUACCUUCGUCUCCUGUUCGUAAACCCACUCGCAGUGGUAUUUUCAAUCACAUGUUAGGCUCUACAUCAUCCUUCAACUCCGACGCAGGUCGAUCUAUUCGUCUUCAACCUGCCAACCCAUUCUUCGACAACAUACGUCAAAACCUCGAACUCUCACAUGAAGGAAUCAGCGAGCGUAUACCUCUCGGUCUCAACCAGUCCAUGCUUGCUAGAGCAGAAGAAUUACCCACAUGGCUCCGACCUCUGGUAGUCAUGCCUGAGAAAGACCGCAUGGACCGUUUAGCAGAACAAUUCUACGCUAUAGAGCUCGGCGAACAGAAACGUUUACAAGCUGUUAUGGAUUAUCAUACGAAAGAAUCCGGUACGAAACUCGAGCAUACUCCACCUGAACCUCAACAGACUUUGAAAAAUUCAUCGGUAUUCAUGAGUCGAUCGGAAUCUCUCUCGAGUUCCCAGGAGGGGGAUUAUUUCCCUUUUUCCAUAACGGCAGGAGUAGAAAGAGGUAGUAAAAAUAGAUAUAAAAAUAUCUGGCCAUAUGACUUUUCCAGGGUAAGAUUGGGGUGUCCAGGUGAAGAAGAUUGCGAUUAUAUAAAUGCUUCGUUCGUUCAGCCUCGAGGGACUACUAGGAGGUAUAUCGCGACUCAGGGUCCAUUGGAUGCUACCAUUUGUGAUUUUUGGACGUUGGUGUGGGAACAAGAUGUUCGAGUGAUUGUCAUGAUCACAAAGCAAUACGAAGGUGGUUUGAUGAAAUGUGGUAACUACUGGAAUUCUGAAAAUUGCGGUCAAUUCCAAGUUCAACUCAUCUCUCAAAAAGGUGAUGAUGAUGCUCAACCUGAAGAACGUUCAAAAACAGGGUUCGACUUUGGUGCGGCUGCUGUUACUCCGAAAGGUGUCAAUACCCCUCAAGAGAAUAUCAAAAGAGUUUUUCAAUUGACUCACACUGGUUUACCUGGGAAACCGAUUAGGACAGUAACACAGAUACAAUGUGUUUCAUGGCCGGAUUUCGACGUACCGCAAUCAGCGGAUACUUUGUUGAGGUUGAUAAAGGAUGUGGAUGAAGCUGUUUUAGGGCAUUGUAAGCAGGUCGAAAAGGAGGAUGAUCCAUUAGGAAGGGUUAAUCAACCGCCUGUACUCGUGCAUUGUUCAGCAGGUGUCGGCCGAACAGGUAGUUUCAUCGUUGUCGACUCUAUCAUAGAUGGUAUACGCCGAGAACGUCAACAAAUCAAACCUUACUCCGUCCCCACUACCGAGUCCAUACCAGAACAAAGUACCACCCCAUCUGGUCCUCAUCCCAACACAUCAUCCCUCAACAUCCUUCCCGAUCCGCUUGUCGCUAAUCUACCCUUGCAACCCUCUACAUUACAUGGUCCACCAGGAUCUAUGACCACUCCUCAACCCCCAAAUUUGAAACCGGCACAAGCAUCAUAUAUGGACGUAGAGAAAGUCGUCCAGCCCAUGGAUAUAGAUUUCAGUAAUCCGAUAGAAGAUAAAGAUACCGAUAGCCUGAAUACUAAUUGGGACGAUAGAUUUCUGAGACAUAGAGGGAGUGAAACUUCCACCGGAAGUGGGAGUAGUAGACGACCUAGUUUAGCUUCGGCGUUUACUUCGUCGGAAAAGCUGUCUUCGGAGCAUCUGCACAAGACAUUACCCACUCCACCAGCCAUCACCAAAUCACAAGAACGUCAUCGCGCCCCUACCCCUCUAUCAUUGAUGGAAAACCCCAUUCCGGCGGUUUUGGAAAGUAUGAGGGUUCAACGAAUGUCAUUGGUUCAAUCUUUACGCCAAUAUGUUUUCGUUCAUCGAGCUAUAAUAACGUACUGUCUUCAAUUUCCCAUUCUGAACCAAGUUUCUGAGCCUAACCAAAAUCAUAACAACCAUUCACGCGAACUAUCCUCAAGAUCAUCUUCCAACCCCACGACAGACGACGAAAGUCAUCCGAAACGUCCCGCAUCACCUACCGAACUACGUGAACCUCCCUUGCCUCAAGUGAAAGUCGGUACGUCAGGUUUGGCCAAACGGACGAGUCAUAAGAAGAUGAGAGGAGAUGGUAUGUCCAUGCCCAGUUCACCUAACCGAACUCAUCAUGCGAGUCCGAUCGGUACGCCUGGAUCGGGGAGGGCGAGGACGAAGAGCGGGUCCAGUCCGAGUAGCGCGGGUAGUGGACCCAGAGCUUCUGAUGGUACGGGGCUAUCGAGAUGAUGCUGUGGUGCCUCGAGACGGAAUCGUCAUAAUACCGCCUUGUGAGGUCAGGUUUGCGUAGUUCUUGUCGUCAACAGGUGGGAUAUGGUUGCGACGUGUUGAGAAAUGUAGCGGAUGGACAUUGAGGGAUGUAGCAUUCUUGCAUAGUAGUCUUGAUUCAUUGAUGAGUGAGUGCGGCUGGGAGUGUGUUCAAAUAAAGAGUUGUAGCUUAUUGGUGAUCAUGCAAUUUAAUAAUAGCAUUGC